GCACACACGUCGGCGAACGCGUCGCGGGCGGCGGGGGCACGUAACGACGCUCGCGUCACACGUCUCGCGGACGCCCGGACACGGUGCUCGGAAGUCGGACGGUACAUCCAUCGUUAACGGUGAUUUGUCAGGGGGAGCACGCUCGUCCGCGCUCAUCUCUCAUCUCUCCUGCCGCGGGCUCUUGCCGAGGGAAUCGUACGGACGUGGACGAUGGCGCCGAAGCAGCGGAUGCGCAUCGCGAACGAGAAGGCGACGAAGAACAUCACGCUACGGGGAAACGUUCCCAAGUCGACGAAAGCGCAAGAGGAGGGAUCUCCGGUUGGGCCCUGGCUCUUGGCUCUGUUUCUCUUUGUCGUUUGUGGAUCUGCCGUGUUUCAAAUCAUCCAGAGUAUCAGAAUGGCUUGAAGAUGAGGGAGAUGAAGGCGCUACUGUUGAUCUUUAGACCGACAAACCAACUCGUUUACAAUUCGUCGAUAUGCGAAAGAGACUGACAAACCGUUUUAAUAUAGAUUGUAAAGAAGAUCGGAGAUUACGGGAAACAUGGCAAAAGUUUAGACAGUAGCUGAGAAAUUAUUUUCAUUUUGCAGAAGAAGCUCAAAGAAUUUAUUUAUAACACCUAGCAUUUAUAAGCGUUUAAUUUAAUUGCGCUACGCAUAGACGAAGGGAGAGUACUCGAACAAAAAAAAAAAAGAAAAGAAAAAUGCUGUCCCGAGGAACCCUCUGCCAAACUCAAUCGAAUCGGGAAAGAGAGAAAAUGAAUUUGCUUGUACUCAAUUCUUUAUUAUAUUCCGAACGUUUAACGUUUCUGUUAGCGCGGUUGUUUAUAAUAUUUACUUCCAAAUGUAUUCUUUCGUCUAUGUGUAUGUAGUAAAUAAUUGUAUAUAUACACCCACGAAUGAUUUAUCAUGCAGAUUUCUCUCCACAAGCAGAUCUGCCCAAUUGGCAGCGCGUAAGCUCAACUCCGAUGAUUGGACAGAUCUGUUUCAAAGCAUUCCACUGUAAGCAGUUGGUAGCUUUCUGUUGUUAUAAUGACCUUUGUAUGAUGCUUAUGCGUUAGGCAAUAUUCGCGACAGGUCAUUAUAAACAUAAACUUAUACAAAUAUAUAUUAUACUCUCAAAGAAUGAUUUGUCUAUAUGAGAUAUUUGCUACUGACAGUGCACACAUUGUCUCUUUUAAUAAAGUAUAUUAUCAAUAAAGAUAUAUAUUGUUUUACAUGAGA